AUGCAUGCAGGUGGAGUGCUCAAAGAGCUCACAGAGGAACUCGAACAGAUGAUCAGUCGAGCUGACGGUGGAAGGAUUAGGCAUUCCCCACCUAUCAGCCUCCAGAUGCGCCCAGUCUCUCGGUUGACUGACAAUUGCAUGCUUUGUCCACAGGUCCAUGCUCACCUCACAGCUGAGGAACAACAGCAGUACCGUGAAUUGAAACACCCGCUUCUUCAAGCGCCAUUCCGAGAGCUGAAAAGCACGCCAGCCUUGAUCCGCGAUUCGCUCCGUGGCCUGAUCACAUUGGAGCGAAAGCAAGACAGCUACACACGACUGGAGAGAACCUCCUCCUCCAUCGAGGCGCUGCUGCUGAAACGGAUGAAAAAGACGCUCGCAAACGACACCGAUCCACUUGAGCAUCGGUCGUUUCUUGCUGCCACAAUCCCCGGUACAGGGAACUCGUGUCUGUGUGACGCGUUUGUGCAUCAAAUUGCCCCGGCAGCUCAUCGUAACAGAGAUCGUUACGGAAGAAACAAUCUGUUGUGCUUAUCCGUCUCUUUCGACGGUCCUUCCGGUUUCGACUCUGCGAACGACUGGACAGUUCUCAAGCAAGCCAAUCCGGAGCAUGCUCUGUCGACUCGCCUGCUGGCUGCCUACUUUGAAAUUCCCCCGAGGUUUUUUCAGGACAACUUUGAACAAACUGGCAGCUUCCAGGUCGCUGCUACGCUCCAGUUCAUCCAAGAGUUUGAGUACUCGGCUCGUAACGACAGUCAGCAGCCCACGAGUCAUGAUCAACUGCCGUGGCUUGCCAUCGCUGUUGACGGAAUUCAACAGUUGCUUGGCUUUUCGAGCUGGCACAACGCUCAACGUCAACGUCGGCUGCUGGACAAGACUCUCGCGUCACUCAAGGCUGCCGUUAAGCGCCCCGCAGCGCGACUCUUUGUGCUUUACGCUGGCACUUUGUCCGAUGACCUCACCACUGGCCUGAUUGAGUCGCUCCACUCUCAAACCUCAACUUCAAGCAAGUUUGACGUGGAUGAGGAGGAGGUGCCUGAACCCCCGCGCGUGGAUGCAAACCUCGAGAGCCAGUUACAUCCUUCCGAUGGCAUACCACGCCACAUUGAGAAGGUUCUUGGUGUGUUUUUUUUUUUCAGGUGA